GGAGGGGAAUCUCCCGCCAUUUUUCAAUAAUUUCCUCCGGUGCAGCUGAGGAGGAGUCGUGACUGCCGGCCGUGGGGGCCCGUUGCGAAGGUUGGCCGGGGGCUGCCGGGAGGCGCAGCGGUGUGCGUGGGAGCUCUGCGCCUUUGCGUUCGGCUCCAUGGCUCUCGCGCGGCCGAGCCAGCAGUGAGGGAGACGGAGUUCGCGCCGCCCUCUCACCCCUCCCCUCCCCCACCCUUCCCCGGGAGCCAGGCGCUCGCUCCGGGCCGCGGGGCCUAGUGCUGCUCCCGGGUCGGCGAGGAGCCGUGCGUUCUCCCCGCUGCCGCGAUGGCGCCGCUCCUGGGUCGCAAGCCCUUCCCGCUGGUGAAACCGCUUCCCGGAGAGGAGCCGCUCUUCACCAUCCCACACACUCAGGAGGCCUUCCGCACCCGGGAAGAGUAUGAAGCUCGCUUGGAAAGAUACAGUGAGCGCAUUUGGACGUGUAAAAGUACUGGAAGCAGUCAGCUAACACACAAGGAGGCCUGGGAGGAAGAACAGGAAGUUGCUGAACUUUUGAAGGAGGAGUUCCCUGCCUGGUAUGAGAAACUUGUUCUGGAAAUGGUUCACCAUAACACAGCCUCCUUAGAGAAGUUAGUAGACACUGCUUGGUUGGAGAUCAUGACCAAAUAUGCUGUGGGAGAAGAGUGUGACUUUGAGGUUGGGAAGGAGAAAAUGCUUAAGGUGAAGAUUGUAAAGAUUCAUCCUUUGGAGAAAGUGGAUGAAGAGGCCACUGAGAAGAAAUCUGAUGGUGCCUGCGAUUCUCCAUCAAGUGACAAAGAGAAUUCCAGUCAAAUUGCUCAGGACCAUCAAAAGAAGGAAGCAAUUGUAAAAGAGGAUGAAGGAAGGAGAGAAAGUAUUAAUGACAGAGCACGUAGAUCUCCACGAAAACUCCCUACUUCAUUAAAAAAAGGAGAAAGGAAAUGGGCUCCUCCAAAAUUUCUGCCUCACAAAUAUGAUGUGAAACUGCAAAAUGAAGAUAAGAUCAUCAGCAAUGUGCCAGCAGACAGCUUGAUUCGUACGGAGCGCCCACCAAACAAGGAGAUACUUCGAUACUUUAUACGGCAUAACGCGUUACGAGCUGGUACUGGUGAAAAUGCACCUUGGGUGGUAGAAGAUGAAUUGGUGAAGAAAUAUUCCCUACCUAGCAAGUUCAGUGACUUUUUACUUGAUCCAUACAAGUACAUGACUCUCAACCCUUCUACUAAGAGGAAGAAUACUGGAUCUCCAGACAGGAAGCCCUCAAAGAAAUCCAAGACGGACAACUCUUCUCUGAAUUCACCACUAAAUCCUAAGUUAUGGUGUCAUGUACACUUGAAAAAAUCAUUGAAUGGCUCGCCACUCAAAAUGAAGAACUCAAAGAAUUCCAGAUCUCCAGAAGAACAUCUGGAAGAAAUGAUGAAGAUGAUGUCACCCAACAAGCUACAUGCUAACUUUCACAUUCCUAAGAAAGGCGCACCUGCCAAGAAACCAGGGAAACACAGUGACAAACCUUUGAAGACAAAGGGCAGAAGCAAAGGCAUCCUGAAUGGACAGAAAUCCACAGGGAAUUCCAAAUCUCCCAAAAAGGGAUUGAAGACUCCUAAAACCAAAAUGAAGCAGAUGACUUUGUUGGAUAUGGCGAAAGGUACUCAGAAGAUGACACGAGGCCCACGGAAUUCUGGGGGUACACCUAGGUCCUCUAGUAAACCUCAUAAACAUCUGCCUCCUGCUGCCCUACACCUCAUUGCCUACUACAAAGAAAACAAAGACAGAGAGGACAAGAAGAGUGCCCUGUCCUGUGUUAUCUCCAAAACAGCUCGUCUUCUCUCUAGUGAAGAUAGAGCUCGUCUCCCAGAAGAAUUGCGAAGUAUUGUUCAAAAACGCUAUGAGCUUCUAGAGCACAAAAAGAGGUGGGCUUCCAUGUCUGAAGAGCAGCGGAAAGAAUAUUUGAAAAAGAAACGAGAGGAGCUGAAAGAAAAGUUGAAGGAAAAAGCCAAAGAGCGGAGAGAGAAAGAAAUGCUUGAGAAAUUAGAAAAACAGAAGCGGUAUGAGGACCAAGAGUUAACUGGUAAAAACCUUCCAGCAUUUAGAUUGGUGGAUACCCCUGAAGGACUGCCCAACACACUCUUUGGGGAUGUGGCCAUGGUGGUGGAGUUCUUAAGCUGUUAUUCUGGACUACUCUUACCAGAUGCUCAGUAUCCUAUUACUGCUGUGUCCCUUAUGGAAGCCUUGAGUGCAGAUAAGGGUGGCUUUUUGUAUCUGAACAGAGUGUUGGUCAUUCUCUUACAGACCUUACUACAAGAUGAAAUAGCCGAAGACUAUGGUGAAUUGGGAAUGAAGCUGUCAGAAAUCCCUUUGACUUUGCAUUCUGUUUCAGAGCUGGUACGGCUCUGCUUGCGUAGAUCUGAUGUUCAGGAGGAAAGCGAGGGCUCAGACACAGAUGACAAUAAAGAUUCAGUGCCAUUUGAGGACAAUGAGGUACAAGAUGAGUUCCUAGAGAAGCUGGAGACCUCUGAAUUUUUUGAGUUAACCUCAGAAGAGAAGCUACAGAUCUUGACAGCUCUGUGCCACCGGAUCCUCAUGACAUACUCAGUGCAAGAUCACAUGGAGACCAGACAGCAGAUGUCUGCAGAGUUGUGGAAGGAGCGUCUUGCUGUGUUGAAGGAAGAAAAUGAUAAGAAGAGAGCAGAGAAACAGAAACGGAAAGAAAUGGAAGCCAGAAAUAAAGAAAAUGGAAAAGAGGAGAAUGGGUUGGGCAAAACUGAUAGGAAAAAAGAGAUUGUGAAGUUUGAGCCCCAAGUAGAUAUGGAGGCUGAAGACAUGAUUAGUGCUGUGAAGAGCAGAAGGCUGCUUGCCAUUCAAGCUAAGAAGGAACGGGAAAUCCAGGAAAGAGAAAUGAAAGUGAAACUAGAACGUGAAGCUGAAGAAGAACGAAUACGGAAGCACAAAGCAGCUGCUGAGAAGGCUUUCCAGGAAGGAAUUGCCAAGGCAAAACUAGUCAUGCGUAGGACUCCUAUUGGUACAGAUCGAAACCAUAAUAGAUACUGGCUCUUCUCAGAUGAAGUUCCAGGAUUGUUCAUAGAAAAAGGCUGGGUACAUGACAGCAUCGACUAUCGAUUCAACCAUCACCACAAAGACCAUGCAGAUUCUCUUGAUGAGGAUUACUGUCCCCGCAGUAAGAAAGCAAACUUAGGCAAAAAUGCAAGCAUGAACACACAACACGGACCAGCAACAGAAAUUGCAGUAGAGACCACCAUACCAAAACAAGGACAGAAUCUAUGGUUUUUAUGUGAUAGUCAGAAGGAACUGGAUGAGUUGCUAAACUGCCUUCACCCUCAGGGAAUAAGAGAAAGUCAGCUUAAAGAGAGACUAGAGAAGAGGUACCAGGACAUUAUCCACUCUAUUCAUCUGGCUCGGAAGCCAAAUUUGGGUCUAAAAUCGUGUGAUGGCAACCAGGAGCUCUUAAACUUUCUCCGGAGUGAUCUCAUUGAAGUCGCAACAAGAUUACAAAAAGGAGGACUUGGAUAUGUAGACGAAACAUCUGAAUUUGAAUCCCGGGUCAUUUCAUUAGAAAAACUGAAGGAUUUUGGUGAGUGUGUGAUUGCCCUUCAGGCCAGUGUCAUAAAGAAAUUUCUCCAAGGCUUCAUGGCUCCCAAGCAAAAGAGAAGAAAACUCCAAAGCGAAGAUUCAGCAAAAUCUGAGGAAGUAGAUGAAGAAAAAAAAAUGGCAGAGGAAGCAAAGGUUGCAUCUGCACUGGAAAAAUGGAAGACAGCAAUCCGUGAAGCUCAGACUUUUUCCAGAAUGCAUGUUCUACUUGGGAUGCUUGAUGCCUGUAUCAAGUGGGAUAUGUCAGCAGAAAAUGCUAGAUGCAAAGUUUGUCGAAAGAAAGGUGAGGAUGACAAACUGAUCUUGUGUGACGAGUGUAAUAAAGCCUUCCACCUGUUUUGUCUGAGGCCAGCCCUCUAUGAAGUACCAGAUGGUGAGUGGCAGUGCCCAGCUUGCCAGCCUGCUACUGCCAGGCGCAACUCCCGUGGCAGGAAUUAUACUGAAGAGUCUGCCUCUGAGGACAGUGAAGAUGACGAGAGCAAUUCAGAGGGAGAGGAGGAGGAAGAGGAGGAGGAGGAGGAAGACUAUGAGGUGGCUGGCUUGCGACUGAGACCCCGAAAGACGAUCCGGGGCAAGCAGGGCAUCAUGCCCCCUGCAGCAAGGCCAGGCCGACGACCGGGUAAGAAGCCACAUCCUACCAGGAGGUCUCAGCCAAAGGCACCACCUGUGGAUGACACUGAGGUUGAUGAGCUGGUGCUUCAGACCAAGCGGAGCUCCCGGAGGCAAAGCCUGGAGCUGCAGAAGUGUGAAGAGAUCCUCCACAAGAUUGUGAAAUACCGCUUCAGCUGGCCCUUCAGGGAGCCUGUGACCAGGGAUGAGGCCGAGGACUACUAUGAUGUGAUCACCCACCCCAUGGACUUUCAGACAAUGCAGAACAAAUGUUCUUGUGGGAGCUACCACUCUGUGCAGGAGUUUCUUACUGACAUGAAGCAAGUGUUUACCAAUGCUGAGCUUUACAACUGCCGCGGCAGCCAUGUGCUAAACUGCAUGGUGAAGACAGAACAGUGUCUGGUGGUGCUCUUGCAUAAACACCUUCCUGGCCACCCAUAUGUCCGCAGGAAACGCAAGAAGUUUCCCGAUCGGCUUGCUGAAGAUGAAGGGGACAGUGAGCCAGAGCCCAUUGGCCAGUCCAGGGGACGAAGACAGAAGAAAUAGAGAGGCAGAGCCCUGGCGAGGGAGCUGAGGUGGGGGCAUAGCAGGAGACAGCAGUGAAGGGUAGGAGGGAGGCAAGCAGUGAAGACUGAGGAGAGCUCUGGAGGGAGGAGAUCACAGGGAGUUCACAAACGCCUGUCAUCCUAAGCUCGUGCUGUUUUUCUAAGACUCCUCACAGGGCCUUAUUCAAGCAAAGCUCUUCGGGGAGCCUGACGUUGGGUUGGAGGGCUCUGCCCUGAAAUACUAGGGGCAGAAGAGGGCCUGAACUCCCCACAUCUUUUCUGAGAGUCGCCAGGAAGAGUCCAAGGGUAUAGCUUUUCUUAUGAACCCAGUUCCUUUUCCUUUCUUCUUUCCCUCCCACUUUGGCUACCACGACAGUGCCAAGCCCCUCUGGUCUCCAGGGGAAGGAUUGCUGUAUCACAUAGCAGGAUCGGGGUAAUCAGGCCAAAUGGGGAGGUAGUAUUUUUUUUUUUUUUUAAAUCUAUAUUUAUAUACAGUCAAGUUUCUUUAAGCCCAUACUCUGUCUCUUCCUCCCUCUCCUUCUCAGGUGAUGGUAUCAGUGAGUGCCAUACAGAAUUCUGUAUUCACCAGCAUCAUGAAACAGUUGUGGUCUUUUGAAUUGAUCUUGGCAAAGUAAAGGGACAUUUCCUGGAGCCAUUCCUGAAUACCCCUCCCCUUCUUGGUGACAACCCUCUCCCUACUCUGACUCGACCCCACCCCCUCGAACAAAACUAAGGCACUUCACUUAGAGACUGGAGUCCUGCUUACAAUCAUGCUUAUAACCUUUACUUUGAUGGAUCUGGCCAGAGGGGUGUUGGAGCCCAGCCCACCCACAUACCAGACAAGCUCUUAGGGGAGCAGAAGAAAAGCAGGAAGAAUUUAAAUGUUUAAUUUUUUUUUAAAUUGACUUUUCUAGGUAUUAAAAGUUGCUUGUUCAGCAGUGAUAUUGUAUAAAGAACAUCUUGUAAAAUAUUUCUGUCACCUUGCUUUGGCACAUGUACAGUACAGUUUCUAUGAUAAUGUUUUUGCUUUACUUCCCUCAUCUUCUCCCUCAGCCCAUCUGCUCUCCUUCAGAGAUGCUGGGUUGGAGGUUCAUCCAGGCAAGCUGUGAGGUCUGCCUUCCAUAGUGGCUGUUUCUGUCUCUGUCUGUCCACUCCUCCCCUGCCCAUUCUGUCCUCAGACUUGGAAGUCCUUGAGAACCUGGAUAUUUCAGUGGUCACUGUCAGUGGGGAUGGGAGGAGGGUGCGGAAGGACAUGCUCAGAGAGCCCCUUGCCACAAGUCUAGUGCUAGUUGUUACAUUUAAGCAAAACUUUGUAGUCUUCUUUCCUUUUUAUGGCAGAUUUUGAUAAAAGUACAAAACAGGAUUUUAUUUUCUUUUCAAGUUUUGGAAAAGUUGAGCACCUAUGCUCUUCUGUACCUAUUUAAAUUAAAGGAAAAGACGUCCACCAAGGGAAUCACAACUCCUAGGAUUUGAGAAUAAAGCCUCUUAAUAUUAAACUUCAAGGUAUGGUCCCUGUCUCUCCCCUAUCCUCCUUGCCCAAGGACUUUGGGAAUUUGCUCCAGUGGCUGGUGGAUAGGUUUACCGUCCCUUCUCCUACAGGCUUGGAGUUAGCACUGACAUUGCAAUUUCAUAGUCCCAACCACUUCUGCCUUCCCUGCCUCUCAUCCUAGAUCGUCUGUUCUUGUUAAUAGUGAGAAUCCCAUGUUCCCACUUCAGUGACACCUGAAUUGUUUGUUGUUUUUUAAAUUGUCUUUACGGAGGAAGGGCCCCGAACUUGUAAUAAAUGGGAAUUUCAAAUAAACAUUAUGUACUGGUGUUUAUAAAGAAGAAA